AAUAUCACAGAUAGCUUUCGACGAGCACCUCUUCAAGAUCUAGCGCUCCAUCAUGUCACACAUCUCCCAGCUCGAAAGCAGCACAAAGCACAAAAUCACCAAUGGAGAAGACGAAACCCAGGAAGUGCCUCUGAACUGGCCCGUAGACGUCACAUUUCUCUCGGACCACAUAUACACCGCCGCUGCUCUCGAAGAGCGUCCUAAGCUCGGCCGUGGCUCUUCCGACGACUCCACAUGGCUCAAAGUCGCUCCGAACCUCAUCCACCGCAUCUCACCCCUGGUCCAGAUCCUCACCAUCAGCAAUGAAAAGCAUCCAGCCAACGGACAACGCGGCCUCUUCGCAGCGCAGCACCUCAAACCUGAUCAAUUCAUCCUGCUAUACAUGGGCGAGGUCCACCUCAACAGCCAGUCCGACACCGAUCCCCACAGCGACUACGAUCUCAACCUCGACCGCGAACUCGGCCUCAGCGUCGACGCCACGAAAGCCGGCAACGAGUCCAGACAUGCCAACGACUACCGCUCCAUCGCCGAGAGACCCAAUGCCGAGUUUCGCGAUUGCUUCAUCCAGGUGAAAUCGACGAAGCGCACGGAUGGGAUCAGGUGGGAGAGGAGGGUGGGCAUUUUUGUGUUGCCGGCUGGAAAGGCGGGGAAGCGGAAAGGUGGGAUUCAAGCUGGUGAGGAGAUCUUGGUCAAUUAUGGGAAGGGGUUCUGGGAGGCGAGGAGAUUGCUGGGCUCGUUCAGAGGCGACGCUGAAAUGACGCAGCCUGGAUGAGAUCUCGAGCGAUCUAUCGUUUCAAUCAAACGGAUCCGGCGAUC